CAUGCUAUUCGAAAUUCUUGCAUUAUGUGUGUCUAUUUUUCUCUUUAUAUACGCUUUCAAUAGAUACAGUCGUAAGAAAUGUACAGCUCCUGGGCCACCACGAGGGGUCCCCGUUCUUGGAAAUCUCGUCCAGAUGUUUGAUAAACAAGCGUUCUUAAAACUCUGCGAUUGGCAAAAGGAAUUAGGAGAUGUAUACAAAUUGAAUCUGUUUACCGAAGAAGUUGUUGUGGUGAAUGGAGAUGCUGUUUAUGAAGUCUUGGUUACGUGUGGGGAUGAUUAUGGUGGGCGAGUCCAGGCAGCACGCACUAAAAUUUACUCCAACGGCUUUAGAAAUAUUGGUUAUAGGCACCCUGAUAAAGAAUGGAAGACCAUGCGGAAGAUUGCACAGAAAGGUUUGAAGCAGUACGGAGAAGGCGUGGCCAACAUUGAGCGUAUCAGUAUGGAAGAGAUUCGUGAAUGCCUCGAUAAGUUUGACAAAACAGAGGCGUUUGAUCCGUCUGACGUUAUCAACGAUAUGGUCAUUGCAAUCAUCAUAACAGUUUCAAUGGGUGUGAAACUGGGCACCCAUGAUCCGUUACAUCAAAAGAUCAAACGUGCUGAAAAACUGUUCCCUCUUGCGUUUGGAGUUGAUACGUCGUACCUCGAUGUGGUUCCUUGGCUAAGAAAUCUUCCCAACGAAGCUGCUAAAGUUUUUAAUGAUGCAAUCGACGCAACGCGACAAUUGGAAUUGGAAAUUUUUCAGAGAUCAAUGGUAUGUACCUUUUAA